AAACGACAUCGGCCUCUCAUCGCGACACUACUGCGCGUUGCUAUUUUGGAGUAGGCCAGUCAAGUGCUGUACAGCCUUUCCCCUCCGUCUCUACUUGCUGACCUCGAACACAACAGGGAGACUGGUGGCAGCACUCUCUCGCAAGGCUGCCGCGUCAAGGCUCCUGAUACUCGUCGCUACCGCAUGCACCUACCACCCAUCUGUGCAUAUUGAUGCGGCUGUUAUAUUGUGGGGAGGAUGGAGAGCUCAGUGUCACCGCCGACGUGGUUGACGAAGACGCAAUACCGCGUUAUGCAAUCCUGUCUCAUACCUGGGGAGCGGAGGCGGAGGAGGUCACUUUCGAAGACAUAGCAAGGAAGGCUGGUAAGGACAAGCCUGGCUACAGGAAAAUUCAGCUCUGUGGAGAGCAGGCAAAGCGCGACGGCUUACAGCACUUCUGGAUCGACACCUGCUGCAUCAACAAGGCUAACAAGGCUGAGCACUCGCUGGCCAUCCGGUCCAUGUUUUGCUGGUACCGCAAAGCAGCAAAAUGCUACGUCUACUUGUCAGACGUAUCUGCUUCACCCCUUGCAUCCAAGGCAGAAGCGAGCGCACCACUGUGGGACUCAGAGUUCCGAGAAAGCAAGUGGUUUACGCGCGGCUGGACGCUCCAGGAGCUUCUCGCACCUGGCAUUGUCGAGUUCUUCUCAUGCGAGUGGCACAAACUGGGUAACAGGGUAUCUUUAAAGUGCCAGAUUCACGAAGUCACAGCUAUCCCAUAUGCAGCGCUCGAAGGAGCCCCUCUGUCCCAGUUCACGGUCAGCGAGCGGCUUGGGUGGAAACAGGAUCGCCACACGAAGCUCAAAGAGGACGCCGCGUAUUCUUUGUCAGGCAUCCUUGACGUUGACAUCACGCCAGUCUACGGCGAAGGCGCUGGGGAAGCAUUUAGGCGGCUUCACGACGAGGUUCGGAAGCUGGAAGCGUGCCUUCGUGACUUACGCCCUACCGACCCCUGUAACGACAAGAGGCGCAUUGAGGACACAAAGGGUGGCUUGUUGGAGGGCUCAUACCGCUGGGUGCUUGAAAACAGCAGUUUCCAACAAUGGCACAACGACCCACAGAGUCAGCUGCUGUGGAUCAAAGGUGAUCCCGGCAAGGGCAAGACGAUGCUGCUCUGCGGCAUCAUCAACGAGCUACGGAAAACCAUCGCUAGGACGGCGUCUGUGUCGUACUUCUUCUGUCAGGCCACUGACUCGCGCAUCAACAGCGCUACAGCCGUGCUGCGCGGACUGUUGUACUUGCUUGUCAGUCAGCAGCCGACACUCCUCACGCACGUUCGCAAGACGUACGACCAGGCGGGCAAGGCCAUAUUCGAGGAUGCAAACGCAUGGGUUGCUUUAACAGAGAUCUUUGCAAACAUGCUGCAGGACUCGAGUUUGGGCACUACCUACAUAAUCAUUGACGCGCUAGACGAGUGCGUCACUGACUUGCCGAAGCUGCUUCAGUUUGUCGCACAGGGGUCGUCUGCGUCUUCCCGCGUCAAGUGGAUUGUGUCUAGCCGCAACUUGCCACACAUUGAGGGCCAGCUCGUGCAGGCAGGGCACCAGGUAAAGCUGAGUCUUGAGCUCAACGCAGAGUCUGUGUCGGCGGCUGUCAGCAUCUUUAUCCAGCACAAGGUUUCUCAGCUGGCCCAGCAGAAUAAGUACGAUACGCAGACUCGGGACGCUGUACUAGGACGUUUGACGUCCAAUGCAAACGACACCUUCCUGUGGGUAGCACUCGUCUGUCAAGAGCUUGAGAAAACAGCGAAACGAAACGCCCUCAAGAAGCUGCACUCUUUCCCGCCGGGGCUGAACGCGCUGUACGAGCGGAUGAUGCAGCAGAUCAGCAUGUCGGAUGACGCUGCACUUUGCAAGCAGGUGCUGGCUUUGACCGCGCUCAUGUAUCGGCCCAUAACGCUAGAGGAGCUAGUGGCCCUUGCUGAGCCGCUCGAAGACAUAGCUGACGAGGUGGAAGUGCGAGAGAUCAUUGACCUCUGUGGAUCAUUUCUCACUCUGCGAGAAGCCACAGUCUACUUUGUGCAUCAAUCUGCACAAGACUUUCUCUUCACGAAAGCGUCUAAUCAUGUUUUUCCAAAGGGGCCCGAAGCCGUUCAUCGGGCGAUCCUUUCUAGGUCGCUCGUACUUCUAUCCAGGACGUUGCACAGGGACAUGUACAGCCUGGAAGCGCCGGGGGUUCCCAUCGACGACGUUCAACCACCCGAGCCAGACCCACUGGCAACGUCGCGCUACCCGUGUGUCUACUGGAUCGAUCAUCUGUAUGACUCGAAAUAUAAGUCUCAGGAAAAUGGCGUUGGUGACCUGCAAGUUCUUGGCAUAAUCAACGAGUUUUUGAAAACGAAGUAUCUUUACUGGCUAGAAGGGCUUAGUCUGUGCAAGAGCAUCGCAGAAGGCGUGGUUUCGAUGGCGAGACUAUGCUCCCUAGUCCAGAUGCGGGACGCGGACGAGCUGACUAAGCUUGUCCAAGACGCACGCCGAUUUGUCAUGUACCAUAAAGGGGCAAUCGACAGCUACCCUCUGCAGACAUAUGCGUCUGCGCUAUUAUUCAGUCCGACAGGGAGCAGGAUCAGAAGGUUGUUCCAGCAUGAAGAGCCGAAAGAAAUCACAAUCAAGCCAAUGAUGGGCAGUGGAUGGAGUGCGUGCUUGCAGACGCUUGAGGGCCACAACAACGAUGUCAGUGACGAUGUCACCUCUGUAGCCUUCUCGCACGACUCGAUGAAGCUGGCUUCGGCGUCAUGGGACAACACCGUCAAGGUGUGGGAUGCGAGCAGCGGCGCAUGCCUGCAGAUGCCCAACAUUGGCACGGCUGUUUACAACCUAGCCUUCGAUUCCACAAACUCUUUUCUCCAUACCGAGAUAGGUACUAUUGCAAUACACAGCUCAGGGACUCCUAGCGAGGCGGUUAUCGCGGAGCCUGAGCGUCCUGUGUAUGUAGGCACUAGUCUUAGCCCAGACAACCUAUGGAUCAGGCUUGAUGGCAGUAAUAUGCUGUGGAUACCGUCGGAGUUUCGACCGUCAUACUCGACGGUGUGCGGGAGCAGUGUUGGUAUGGGCGUUGGGUCUGGCAGAGUAUGGCUUUGCAGUGUUGUCCUUGCAGACGCUCGUAUCCAUUCGUAG